CAUCAGCAUGAGGAUCAACACAGAAAAGAGAUAGCAUAUACGCAAGUCGCAUUUGUGGAAUGAGGCUCAGGCAAGCUAUAUCGCAGUUUCUGAAUCCUGGUGCUAAGAGGCCAUGCUGAGAGCAGAAGCAGACCGCUGCCUCGCCGCAAGCUGACCCCACGACGCGCCCUCAGCUUUCGUGAGCGGAGUCGUCCUUCGAAGUCGCCGCACAAGUGAGGCAGCUCGAUCAUUGUCAGCAGCAGCAGCAGCGAGGCAAGCAGAUCUCUGAUUGGUCGUGUUGUGCUGCUGCUUUCCUUUCCCCCAAAACAUUGAUUCCUCUGCUUACUGCUCCUGCUCACGACUCUGCAGACCGUUGCUUCAUUUCAUCUCGACAGCAAGUGAGCUACGACUUGCCAUCUCGCUCGCUGCUCAUCCUCCUCUCCUCGCCGACCAUACCAUGGCGCGAUACCCAGCGCCUUUGGCCCCCUCAUCCUCUCCUGCUCGUCCUCCGGGCAGCGGUCACCAUAUCACUGCUCCAUCUCCACGCCGUCGUCGCAACGACGACCUCCUUGCCGGCCUUCCAUUCAGGUCAAGACGCAACAAACGUCUGGCAAAUGAUGCUGCCGUUCUCCUCGCCGCGAAGCGACAGAGCACCCGCCGGUCUCGCAUCAUCGCUAUCAGCCAGCAGCACCAGCACCAGCAGCAUCAAGACAAACAGCAUCAGCCACUCCCACCUCUUCCCGCCCAUCCACCACGUCGUCAUCGCAUGUUCCUCAAAGCCAUCCAACGCAAGCGGCCUCCUCCUUUACCGAAGGACCCUCCCCUCAUAGCAACACCACCUUCCUCUCUCGCUUCUUCAUCGUCUCACUCCUCAUCCCCUUCUACCUCAUCCUUCGACUCGAUCUCCGGCAGUAGUGCAGGCUCAACUGCAGCUACCGCUGUUCUCUCUGAUAGAGCAAGAGGUGUGGUCGAAGCCGUACGGGUGGCUGGGCCGGUCGUACCAUCGAAAGUCAAGGCGCUCAAUGAAACAAAGGCGUCUACGUCAGGUCCAGCACAGAAGCAAGAGGACGAUUCCGAAGAUAGCUUGCAACGUCGCAAUCGCCGAGAAGCAGCUGCGCAGAACCUGCAGCGCUGGCCUUGGGCAGGGGACGACACAUUCGGUGAAGGUACCAACCCCAUGCUCAAGCUUGAUCCCGCUAGACCGUCAUCUGGUCUCGAAGGCAGUCCUCAUCGCGGAUUCUCCGCCACUUCUACUCCCCAUGUGACAGCUCGUGCUCCACCUCGCGCCCUGCGCUACGACGUAUCCAGCAGCGCUCCUCCUCAGCCACAACAUGACAACGGCUGGCUCACCGCACCCGCGCAGCAGCCACAAGGUGGACCCAGUCGCGCCUCGCAAUGGAGUGUCUCGACAAUUGGAGCGCAUAAGAGCGUUCUCCUCCCCUCACCACGUAUCGAUCGCCCACAAUGGCUACCACCGCCGCCGCCAGGCGAUGCACUCAGGCCCCGUUGCAAGGCGCCAGCUCGGGCAAGCUCGCCCAAGCCAGUCAAAGGGCAGCAUGAGGUGCAGCAGCAACUGCUUGAGCCAUCAGCUCACUUACUCGUAGGGCACAGAGCGGUUGCAGGGGAAACGGACGAAGGGUCAUGCAUCAACUUCGACUGGUCGAGUAUCGCAGGAGAUGUUGCGGAGCACGAGAUGACCACCAGCAGCGAUGUCGAGGGCGGAGAGGACCAUCUUGGCCUGGAUCCAGCAGUCUACGACAUGACGGGCACAGACUACGAUGAAGUCGCUGCUCCAACACAGUUUCCAUGGGAGCAACUGCUGCCUUCCCACUCGGGACCGCAAGACUGCUUGGCAGGCCAUCAGCGGAUCCACGAUAGCCUCGAGCAGAAUGACUGGCACCACGACGAUAAUCAGUUCAAUCCAUUGAGCACCACGGGUAUGGAUAGCCUUGAUGACUUCGAGAUGGUCACCGUCGCGAGUCAUCAUGAGACCAAGGAGCAGCCGCAGUACCGGCAACAAGACGUGGCCGCUCGGCACGAGCCUUUGGCGGCAGAGCGUUCCGAAUUUCCCCACGACGCUGCAGGCAGCACUGCUGAUAGGCCACUCAGCUCCGAUCCUCAAGUCAAAGUCAGCUUUGAGGCGUUGCCUGCCUCGUCCAGUUGCGAAGGCUCUUCAGGAGCAACCGCGUCCGCCAUCGCGUGGACGGUCUGGAUCAGCGUUGGGGGAGGUGAGGUGAAAGUCGUCCGAGGUCAGGCAUCGCUGCAGGGCUUGUUACCGCUCCUGGCUCAAGGAGCGCAGCAAUCAGCGCCCUCGACCCCGGUACCAACGAGCAACUACCUCUCGCCAGAGUCGCAGGCAGCGUCGGGACGACGUCGUGACUGCAGUGAGAGAAGCAACGGGCCAGUCUCCGACGGCUCGGCCAGCUUAGCGGCAGAGGGUAGAGUGCGCUACAACAGUGAGAGUACAGAAGGCGAGCCAGUGGGAGCAGCCCGCUUCAAGCCGCGCCCAUUCAUGCUCAACGGUAAAGCUGCCCACAGCCAGUCAGACUCGGCUCUCGCUUCUCGCUGCUCCUCACGCCUCACAAUGGCUUCCACUGCUACGGGACUCAGCUUCAACACCCGCUCAGUCACCACGACCCUUUCUAUUCCACAUCGUGACGGCUCCCUGCCGCGCUCAUUUACAGCGCCCUCGAUUCACGUUGCGCGUACUUCCCUCCUCCCACCACCUGCGGCAGGACUGCUCGCCCCAACGAGGUACUACGGCAAGAGGCCCAGCUUUGCCCCUCCCAUACUUCCCCGGAGCAGCCGCUCCCGUCACCAUCAUCGUGGGGGCUUGCAGCCACAGCCCUUCCCCCUCUCUGCACCCAGCGCCGCUGCAGGGGCUUCAACUUCGUCUCGCCUAACAUACCGCCGCAGCUCAACCUUUGCUGCUUCUUCUUCUGUAGCGGGUCAGGAGGGAAGAAGGGUCUGCUACGACGUCAGCCGACAUCGACCCACUUUCGGCCUGGGCCGAGGCAAGGCGUACAUGCCAGUCGCGAUGGGCAAAUGCAUUUGAGGCAUGCUUUCCUUCCAUUUUCCUCUUCGAUCUGUCACCAGACCUUGCUCUCUCUUUACUCUGCUCACUUUUGCUUUAGCCAGUCACCUCCUCGUCUCCCUAUACCCACUUGUCCUGCCUUGGCGUCAUCCCGACCAAUGCUAUUUUUUGUCGGAG